GAUAUUGCGUUUACAUGUUCAGCCCUUAUCUGAUUGUACCGUGACUUUCAAAAAUUAACUACCGUGCUCUGUUAGUUACGCGGGCAACCCUGACGAGUUAACACCAUGUUGUACUCACGGGAACUCUACCCUAAAAAGCACCCAAGCACUGAAAAUACGUUGACCAUUACAUCUGAUACAACUUUCUCAGUGAUUCUCGAUAACACUAUUAAGUAUGAAAACGGAUACGGGAUGUACUCUUUCAUCAAUUCUGUUAAACCACUUGCCUAUUACUGUUCCAUAUUCGGAAAUCAAAUUGUUAGAUACAAGAACAACGAUAUUCACAACUUGAAAUUACACAAUAAACUGUACAGUUUGAGUGUUUUAGCCGUUGUAUAUUUGCUUCAUGCAUUUGUCAGCCCAAUGAGCUGGAAAUAUACAAAAUCAGAUAUCCCCUUAAAUAUUUUAACGAAAUGUUACGGGAUCCUCGUCAUCAUAGAGGUCACAUACCUCAUUUUUAUUUCUUCAUUUAGGAAUGGUAAACAAUUUUACAAACUGUUGAAAAAGCUAGACGAUUUCGACCACCAUUUCACGACAUCUAAAACUCUUUUCAAUAAAAGAAGAAUUGUAAUAUUCUGUUUUAUCAUAUUCAGCCUAAUAGAAACGUCGUGCUCUUUUCUGUUCCGACCACUUCACAUAGAUAAUUUGGGCGCAGAAAUCCUGGUAUAUUCCUUAAUAUUACAAGGAGCACUAAUUAUGUUCUUUCUGGAAAACAUAUAUUCAAGACAACUACUUUUCAAUGAGCUGUUAAUGAAGAAAAUCUACAAUUAUAUACCUCAGAACAAAUUGUCUAUUUACAAAAAAACUUACAUGGAUGGAUUAAUCAUAAAAAUAUUUGCUGACUCACGAAGCCUCGAGCAGAAGCUCCACAGCCACUACAGCUGGUUUGAGCUUAUGCAAAUGUAUGAUAAAACUGCCGACUGCGUAUAUCUGUUUAAUAAAAUUUAUGCCGGACAGGUGAGUUGGUUAGACUUGGGGUAGGUAUUAUAAAUAUUAAUGCUGAGCAGGUGGAACUAUACAGCACAUUGUUUUACAGGUGUUUUUCAUGUUCCAGUCUGGUUUAAUCUGCACGAUGCUACUAAUUUGCAGAUAUUUAUCGCCUUCGUUAAAGGUAAUCUUGUCUGCCCCCGGGCAGGACGAUGGAUACUACAAUCAAAUUCAAACAAUGGUUAACCUCGUCCAGACACGGAAAAUGGAAUUAACUAAUAAUGUAUUCACUGUUAACCUGCAGACAAUUCUUAAUUUUUUCGGACGGGUGGUCUCGUACACUGUUCUUAUGAUACAGUAUUUUUAUAUGCACGUGUUUUCUGAAUAACUUUUUAUUUUCUGAAUAACUUUUUACGAUGCACGUUUUCGUUGUUGUCCCCUUCGCAAAAAGUUAUUUAAAUUUCACGACUGUCGCGGUUAUAGCUUUAUUUCCUCUGGGAAAAAUGAAAUCUUGGGUCAAAGUAUGAAGUGGAGUUUUGUGCACGAAAUAAAAUGCAACAUUGUCCUAUAUGAGUCGAGAUUACUGUUGUAUUACACGUGUUGUUGAAGUCGUUUCAGGUGUGAUAUACC